GUUUUUCGUGGUGGAGGAUCACAUCCUGCACACCACGCAGGGUUUGGUCACCCGAGCCUACCUGGACGAGCUGUGGGAGAUGGCGCUGUCCAAAACCAUCGCGGCGCUCCGCACUCAUUCCUCCUACUGCUCUGACCCCGGUCUGGUGCUGGACCUGAAGAACCUCAUCGUGCUCUUCGCCGACACGCUCCAGGGUUACGGGUUCCCGGUGAGCCGGCUCUUUGAGCUGCUGCUGGAGAUCCAGGAGCAGUACAGCGAGACCCUGCUGCGCAAAUGGGCCGGGGUGUUCAGGAAUAUCCUUGACUCGGAUAAUUACAGCCCCAUCCCGGUUCCCGAUGAGGAGGUUUAUAAGAAAAUCGUGGGGCAGUUCCCAUUCCAGGAUCCUGAACUUGAAAAGCAGCCCUUCCCGAAGAAAUUCCCCUUCUCGGAGUUCGUGCCCAAGGUUUACGGGCAGAUCAAGGAGUUCAUCUACGCCUGCCUCAAAUUCUCYGAGGAUCUGCACCUCAGGUGA